AUGUCCACCGCCUCAAAGAAAGCCUCAGGCACUGCUAAGCCCACCGUCAAGAAGUCUUCUGUCGCAAAGCCCGCUGCAUCUCACCCAACAUGGGUUGAUAUGAUUAAGGAGUGCAUUGCUGCCAACACUGAGGAUGCUCGUAUCGGAGUCUCACGCCCACAAAUCAAGAAAUAUGUUGAGACCAAGUAUAAGCUUGAAAUUGGUGCUGCUCAGGUCAACCAGUUAUCCAAGGCUAUUACGUCUGGCGCCGAGAAGGGUGUCUUCUUCCUGCCCAAGGGUCUUUCUGGGCGAGUCAAACUUGCUCCCAAGUCCAAACCUGCUGCUGAUUCGUCCGCCGCCAAAGAGAACAAGCCCGCUACCAAGCCCAAAGCCGCUGCGUCUAAACCUAAGGCUGCUAAGGCCUCUGCGACUACUGCCAAACCCAAGGCUUCCAAACCCUCCACCACGAAGACGGCCGCUCCCAAGAAGGCUGCCCCCGCGAAACCGAAAGCCACCACAGCCGUGAAGAAGACCCCCGCCCCCAAGAAAGUUUUGGCUGGCAAACCCAAAGCUAAAACCGCAUCCACAACAAAGAAGACAAUGGCUGCCAGCAAGAAAGCACCAGCAAAGAAGGCUCGCUGUUACUGGCAAAACUACCACCACCAAGGUUAA